AUGGAGGGCCCCGCGAAGCCCAAGCUACCAGACGCGUACGCGGACCUCGAAGUGAGCCCAGCAGCCUCUAGUGCCGAGAUCAAGACCGCCUUCCACCGCCUCGCUCUCCUCCAUCAUCCUGACAAGAAGGCGCCAGGCGAAGCUGUCGAUGCAGCCGACUUCCGACGAAUCCAAGAAGCCUACGACAUCCUGAGGGAUCCGAAAGGCAAAGCGCGCUACGAUCAGUCGUAUAGCAGUAUACGGACACAAUGGGACACCUACAGGAGGGAACACGCCGAAUACGUGCGGAACCCGAAUGCAUGGCGGCAGAAGCAAUCCGCAGAGAGGAUUCGUGCUCAGGCCGAAUCGGAUCGCCGUGCGGCGGCCAUGCGAAGGGCGGCGCAGGAGCAGGCGUGGGCAGAGGCAGAGGCUUUCUACGAGGACGAAUACGAGUACGAGUACGACGACGACAGCGAUUACGAAUACUACUCUGGCGGCUAUGGCCCUAGCUUUGGAGGUGGCCGCUUCGGUGGUGGCUUUGAUGGCUUUGACAGCUACGACCCGGAGGAAAUCCUCUUGGCAGAAUUGCUCCGACGGCGCGAGAACUUCGAAGCUGCGGCUAGACGUAACGCUGAAGAGAGGGCCAGGAAAUCGGCAAUCGAAGACAUCAAUAAGCAAUGUAUCGAGCGACUGAAGAAGGCGGCUGCGGCUCGACAAGCAGAGGGUGAUGGUAUACGUAUCGUCGACCCAGAAAAGAAGCGCGCCAUGGCGCAAUUAUGGGUCAUCAGCUUGCAACGCGAUUAUGAUUCUGAACUCCGGAAGGCUGGGUUACGUCCCGACAACGACUCCAUUAUGGAUCUAGGGUGGGAACGGAAGAAGGGGAGACAAACUUGCCUGUUUUGCGCCGCUCACGUACAGGAAUACAGUUAUCGCUGUCCAAGUGGUGGAGCUGUUGCCUGUCGAGGUUGCAAGAAGAAGAUCGAAGCGUCAUCCCCAAUUCACCCGUUCAAUUUUCACGGCACUGGCGUGGCGCCAAAGAAGGGGAAGGGAAAGAAAGGCAAGGGCGGAAAGAAGCCUCAGACGACUAAACGCCACUCUGAUCCGGAAGGAUCCGACUCGGUCGAGCGAGACCAGGACGAGGAGCAAACCAAUGGAGAUGAGGCAGAGCAACCACACAACGCGGAAGAGGAGGCCGCAAAGCAGGCAGCGGAAGAGCUUGCGCGUAAGGAAGAAGCCCAGCGACAGAAACAGGAGCGCAAAGCCGAGGCGUCACGACGAAAAGCAGAGCGUGAAGCACAAGCCAAGCUCGCACGAGAAGCUGAAGAGAAGGCUGCGCAAGAAAAGGCGGCGAAAGAAAAGGCUGAAGCGGCCAAAGCUGCACGAGAACUCGCAGCUGCGCAAGAAGCUGCCCGUCUAGUAGCCGAAAAGAAGAAGGAGGCUCGUGAGCGGGAAGCUAGGGAGAAGAAGGCUGCUCGGAAGAAGGCCACGAAAGAGAGGGCCGCUCUUGAGAAGGCAGCACAGAAGAAGGUUGCUGAAGAGAAAAUAGCAGAUGGUCACGAAGUCCAAGAACUGAACGCUUCCGAACAAGACGCCCAGAAAGUCCAAGAGGUUGCCGAGCAAGAAGCAAAACAAAAGGCUGAAAAAGAAGCGAAAGCGAAGACCAAGCGUGAGGCAAGGGAGCUUGCUGCGCUCGAGGCGAAGGAGCGUGAGAUACGGGAAGCUGAAGAAUCCGCAGCACACGAAGCCCAGGUGCGUGCAGCACAGGAGGCUCAAGAGCGUGCGGAACGUGAAGCCAAAGAACGAGAGGCCGAGGUACUCGCAGCACAGGAGGCCAACUUUCGCGCCGAACUGGAAGCAAAAGAGACGGCAGAACGCGAGGCCAGGGAAAUGUUAGAGCGCGUGGCCAGAGAGACAGUGGAACGUGUUACUAGGGAGACUAUAGAACGUGUCACCAAGGAGACGGUCGAGCGUCUCAACAGGGAAAUGGCAGAGCGUGACGCAAAGGCUGCUGCAGAACAACAAGCCGAAUCCUUCGCAGAAGCAGGCAAUGCGAACGGGUACGAGAACGUAGAGCAGGUGUUGGAACCCUCGUCAACGAACACGCCGCCCGUGGAGCCCUCGGUCGCCACCGAUUCAGCAAUUUCCAGGAAGACCAAGAAGAAGGCGACUCGUCCACCAGCCACCUGCUACACCUGUAACGAGCAAGGCCAUUUCGCCCGCGACUGUCCCAUGAAGCCUGUCGAAACCACCGCCGAUAAUAAAACCCAAUAUCACGCUAGUACAGGGCCUGCGCCCAAGAUUGAGGUGACUAGUAAACCGCCGCCACCAACACCUGCACCCGCAAAGGUUGUGGUUAAGCUUCCAGUACCUCGUAAACCGAAAGCAAAAAAGGUCGCAAACGACACCACUGCUGUACCUCCGGAGGCCACUGCACCUUCCAUGGACGCCGCGGCUCCUCAAAAGCCUGCUAAACCAAUCAAAGCGCCAAAGAAGAAAGCUUUACGUCCAGCGCCUCCGGAGGGCCAAGGUGUCAAUAACGUCCCUACUUUAAUUGAUCAACCCUCCAUUCUACCUCCCACCAACGGUACCGCGAACGUGUCUUUUUCCGAGCAGACAAGCAAGCCAGCCAAGAAGCCAAAGGUGAAAGCUCCGUUGGCUUGUUAUGUUUGCAAAGAGGUAGGACACAAAGCGAAGAGCUGCCCUGCACAGCAUGAAGGACACAUGUUCGAUGUUGUCAUGUAA